CAAGCACAAAGACAUGCAAAGAGGAAGAGUUUGGGGAGAAGAAAGUUACGCACAUAUAUCAACACCCAGAAGCCACAAGCUUGACCCUGGCCACCGCCUCUUCCCCAGCUCCUUGUGGGACCAUGAGGACCUGGCAGGACAUUUUUGCAGCGAAGGUUGAAGACAUGCACUUAACAGAGCCAUGGACUCUUCAGGGGGAUGAUAGCCUGCAGGUGCACGUCCUCAAGCCUGGCUGGAAGGAGUUUGUGCAGCACCGUGUGCUUGGGAGGUUUCGGUGCUCCCAGUGCUUUCAUGAGUGGUCUUCGGCCAAAGCGCACAUCCUCUUCCACAUGGGCCGGUGCUGGGGCCAGGGCAUGGUACGGAUGCGAGCCUUUCGCCAGGCAUGCAGGCGGUGCCCCAACUCCCGGCUGGAGGAGCCUGAAUUCAGCCAGGAGACCAUGGAGACACUUUCGCACAACCUGGUGCUAAAGAUCCUCAAGUACUUCUAUCGCCUGCCCAUUCAGCCCUCCAACCUCCUGGAAGUUGUCGUGGACGCGGUGGUGGUGGGGCCGCAUGACAGCACCCGCUGUGAGGGCUGCCAGCUUGGUAUUUGCAGCAAGUCAAGGCUGCUGCUGGCGCAGGAUGCCUGUGGGCCCUUGAUGGAUACAAAUGAGGCCAAGACCCAUCACAGCCUGAAACACCAGGUCAUGAAGCCCCACGCAACCCCAACCCACCACUCCUCACCCUUCAUAAGCAACUUCCCCUGGAAAUGGUGCUGCUGCAUUGGCAGCUCUUUGCUCUGUGUUUUGGCAGUGCUCCUCUUCAUCCUGCUUUAUUUCACCAAGAAUUAGUGGGAGCUGGGGCUCACAAAGAGGAAUAGGGAUGAUGGCUGGAGGGGCUGAUGGAGCACCUUGAAAAUUGAGUGCCCAAGGUCAGCCUUCGCUUGUGGCAUGGCAAGGCUUCCCCGGCUCAUGGGGGGACAGGGACACAUUGGGGUGCCUCAGCCAGGCACCUCAUUCCACAACCUCAGUGAGCCUGGUGGGUCUGAUGGUUUCUUGUGGGACAUAUUCUCAUGAGGACAACCCUCAUCUGCCCCUUGCAAAGGUUGAGUGUACUUGCAAGAAUAAAACAAGCCCUUUCU